ACCUUAAUUUAAAAAACCAUGUCUUUACUAGGGAUAUUUUCCAAAUUUAGACACUUUUAAGAGUUAAGUUAUGUUCUUCAUUCUGUUAUGUUCUUGCUCACAAAGACACAAACAAUUGUUAUGUUCUUCCAACUUUUGGUUCAGUUAUGUUAUGUUUUUCUUCUCUGUUUUAUUUUUAUUGCUUUUUACUUUAAGUUCUUUAAUUAUUAAGUAUAUGAAGGUCUCUAUAAUUUUAUUUAUUUUUUCUAUUUUUGAGUAUUUAUGUUUACUUUGCACACUGGUUUUUAGUCUUUGUAAUAGCGGCUAUCCCGCUAUCCGCCAUACUUGUAUAGCAUUUUAGGGGGUUGGUGCUAUUUGGCAUUGACAAAAUAGAUAUCGGUGCAUUUUGAUACAUUGAAUAUUACCGGUACAGUACGUAAUAAAUAGUGAUGUUGUACUUUUAGUGGUGACCAAAAUUUUAAAACCUUAAAAAAAUUACAUAACCUGAAAUGGUGGCCAAACUUUUAAAUCAUUAAAAAAAAUACAAAAAUACAAAAUAUGAAGUGGUUGAGCGGUUAGUGGUGUUAUAUAUAAUACCUAAAGCAAUAAAACCUCGCUACCUUUACUUAGUUAAAGACACAACUCACCGCCUCUGUUAGGAAUCCAAUAUUCAAAAGAAAAUGAAUUGUAUUAUUAAUGGAAAAACAGUAACUAUUACAGAAGAUAAACCCCUGCAAUCCCAGAGCAAAGCUCCUCAGAAAAGAGACAAUUCUCUCUCCGCCACCAUAUAUUCCAGCCACCAUAUCACCUUACCACCUCUCUUGGGUUUCAAUUGAGGACUGCAUAUUUUGUCAUAGUAUAAUUGUCUUAUUGUAAAUUUGCACAUUUAACUAUAAUUGCCUUAUUGUAUAUUUGCACAUUUAAUUUAGGCUUAAUACCCUUUUUAGUCCCGUACUUAUACCUCUAGGUCCAAUUUGAUCAUCUUUCUUUUAAAACGUUCAAGUUGGUCCCUUACAUUGUCAAACAGUAUCAAACUAAUCCUUUCCGUCAAAUAUUGUCAAACGGCGUUAGUGAAAAUGACGUGUCAGCUGAGGUGGAUUGUCCUAUUCAUCAUCUUCUUCUUCGUUGAUGCAGACUCCCCACCAAACAAACACUAACAAUUUCCCAAUUUUUUAUUUAUAAAAAAUCUUAAACAAAUAAAAUUAAAUUAAUAAAAGAUGAUCCACUUCAAACUGUAGUUGAAAUCUGGUGUCUAGUGGCCACACGACCUUUACCAUUAAUCCUUAUGGCUAUAUGCAAUUCAUCACAAUGCUUCGUUCUCGCCACUUUUUCUUCACAACGGUAAGCCAUAAUCUUUACUUCAAAAAUUAUUGCUUACUUUCAUAAUUACGGUUCUUCCAUUUUUAUUGCUGCAUCAAGUUUAUGAAAUUAAUUCAAUAAAGUUUAGAUUUUUUUGGAAUAUUCUGUGACCCAGAUGGUGUUUUGAGUCUGACUUUUUAGGGUUGUAUAAUUUCAUAUGAUAACUAUGGAUACUUUGCUCAAAACACCAAACAAGCUUCAAUUUUUACACCUACUUCAUGGUUAUUCAGAAAAAUUGGCUAAUUAUUCAGGUUCAUUUAACUUACAAAGCCAUGAAGUUAGAUUUGGUUCAAAGAAAAAACCUAUUUUGAGGGCUAGUAGCAGUGCCCUUUUGGAGCUUGUUCCUGAAUUUAAGAAAGAGAUUUUGGAUUUUGGACUUCCUUUGUUUGAUUCAACAAAGGGAACUGUUGUGGAUCUUGUAGUUGUGGGAGGUGGUCAUGCGGUAGCACAACAGGUUUUUGAGGCAGGGCUUUCGGUUUGUGCUAUUGAUCUGAAUCUUAGAUUGAUUUGGCCGAAUAAUUAUGGUGUUUUGGUGGAUGAAUUUCAAGCGAUGGAUUUAUUUGAUUGACUUGACAAAACUUGGUCCAGGAGCCUGACUUAAUAUAAAAUUAGAUGUAAUUUAAAUCAUCAAUGAUUAAUUGGCCUAGUGGUACUUCAUAUUGUCAUGCAAGUAUAAUGUUCUUGGUUUGAUUCUAGGCUAAGGUAAAUUUUUCAGAAUUUUGCUUGGAUUUUUUAUGAACUAUAUGCCACGUCAGCAUCAACGAAGAAGGUGAUGAAAAGGACAAUCCACCUCAGUGUUAGAUAACGUAAGGGACUAGGACGUUUUAAAAGAAAGAGGACCAAAAUGGACCCAGAGGUAUAGAUACGGGACUAAAAAGGGUAUUAAGCCUUUAAUUUAACUAUUGGCAUAGACAGUAUAAAGACUUAUCAGCUUAUCUAUUCUAUAGGAGAGGCAAUAGGAAAUAGGAAUCAUUUGUCCAUGAAUAGGACAUGAAUAAUAGAUUGGAACAUAAUAAACAUAUCCAAUAUUCAUUCACCAAAAACUACUGAAGACUUAACAUCGCAAUAAUCUUGUGCUAGCGUGUAUUAUUUUCUCUCAUGUAUUUGUAUUUUCUUUUCAUUUCUAGCUUGUAUGUGUAGGAAGAGAAAAUAAAUUAGCUGUUACUUUUUGCUCAGUAUUGUCUCACUUGCUCAGUAUUGUCUCACUUGCUCAGUAUUGUCUCACUUUUAAAAUUCCGAGAAUUUGAGAGAUUGAUGUGUCCGUUAUUUGAAAUAGUGUCGUAUCCUUGUCCGUUACAUUUUAAUUAUUUUUUUCCGUUGGACACUUCAAAAAAGUGUCUGAUACGUGUCAGUGUCCGAUACGUGUCCGGUGCAGGGACACACCUUCUGGUUGGCGUGUCGGCGCUUCCUAGGUUACCAUAUUCUGUUGCAUAAUAUUAUCUGCCACAGAGGUGACGAUUGGAUUUUCGUCAUAAUGAAAGUAAAUAAGAGAAAGAAAGGUGUACAACUUGGUGCAAAGAAGAAACAAAGUAAUAGGGAACAAAAGGCUGAUGUUGAGACACAUGUUAAACUGAACAGUGAUGAGAAGAUGUCCAGAGAUGAUGUUAACGUUAGUUCACAGCUCAAACGACCCAUACUAUCUUCUAGUGGAGAACCGGUACUAGAUGUUCCAGAAAUUAUAAAGAUGUUUUUCAAUGGAUGUUCUUCAAAGCAGGGGAUUGAGCAAAGUUCCACCUUAAAGCAAGCUGAAAAUCAGAAAACAACAAUGACUACUAUGGACACCGCUGGCAGAACCAUUCUCAAGCAUGGUCAACGGAAACAACGAUCGUUGACAACUGGAAGUCCAAUCCCAGUGGGAGGAUCUGCUCAAAUACAACAUUCAACUUUAAAGAAAGCAAAAAAUCAAAAAACAACAGUGACUACUACAGACACUGUGGAGAGAUCCAUUCUCCAGCAUGGCAAAAGGAAACAACAACCAUUUACAACUGGAAGUUCAAUUCAAGUGGCAGGAUCUGCUCAAAUACAACAUAAAAAGCAAGAUCACAGGCCAGAGAUAAAGAAGUCAAGAGAUGAUGUUUUCAUUAGUCCACAACUCAAACGCCCCAUGCUAUCUACUACUGGAGAACCGUUAGUAGAUGUUCCAGACAGUAUAAAGUCCAAUGCUGAAUUGUAUCGAGGCAAGUUGAGAAGUUUUAAAACAACGAAGAGAAGCAUACAAUGUUCUCCAAAGCAGGGGAUGGAGCAAAGUUCUACUUUAGAGCAAGCAAAAAAUCAGAAAACAAUGAGGAAUACUAUAGACACUGCCGGGAGAUCCAUUCUCAAACAGGAUAAAAGGAAACAACAAUCAUUGACAACUGGAAGUUCAAUCCCAGUGGCAGGAUCUGCUCAAAUACAGCAUUCUACUUUAAAGCAAGCAAAAACUCAGAAAACAAUGAAGACUACUAUAGAAACUGCUGGUAGAUCCAUUCCUAAUCAUGGUAAAAGGAAACAACAAUCAUUUACAACUGGAAGUUCAAUCCAAGUGGAAGGAUCUACUCAAAUACAACAUAAAAAGCAUGAUCGCAGGCCAGUGGGCCGCUCUAUGUUCGGUGGAAGCACCAGUUCUUCUGCUCAACUCCAAAAGAACCUUGUUGAUCAUGGAUCAUCUACUAAGCAGAAGACUACUCGAAAGAGGCCAUCAAUGUCUCUGGAUGAUUAUUUUAAAUGGAAUAAGCAACAACUUGAAGUCGAGGGGGGUAUUAACUGUGAAAAUAAUGAUGGUGAUGUUCAGGAUGACAUUAACUAUGAAAGUGAUGAUGGCAAGGAAACUAAUGAUGAUCCAAUAGAAGAGGACCACAGUCUUUUUGGUGGAUUAAGCAAUCGAUCUUCUGCUCAGUUCCAAAAGGACCAUAUUGAUCAUGGACCAUUCAAGAAGCAAAAGACUACCCGAAUGUGUCCAUCAAUGUCACUAGAUGAUUAUUUAAAAAUAUACAAGCCACAACUUGAAGUUGAAGGUGAUAUUAACUAUGAAAAUAAUGAUGGUGAUGUUGAGGGUGAUAUUGACUAUGGAAAUGACGACGGUGGGAAAACUAAUAACAAUCCCAUGGAAGGCGAAACAUCAAAAAGAGGGAAAAGAGGAAGGACACGGUGCUUGGAAAUUCAUGCCCGAUCACUUGCUGAAAGACAAAAAAUCACCUUAAAUGAAGAAGGAGAGCCCAUUGGACCAACUCAAAAGAUAGUUUCUGAAUUCAGCAAUUUUUUGGGAUCAGUAGCACGGAUGUCAGAUUUAUGUCCUCUUACUUACACUAAUUGGAAGGCUAUACCAAACAAGGAGAAUAUAUGGGCUUAUGUCAAUAAAAAAUACAUUGUUCCAGAAAAAGGAGAGAAGGUUGUAUAUGCCAUCGUAAAUGAUGCUUGGAGGCGGUACAAAUAUUCUAUUAAGAGAAAUCAUUUCACUAAGUAUGAAAACUUGCAUGAUCGGCUGAAAAGCCGUCCAAAUAACAUACCAGAAGCUCACUUUAGGAAAUUAAUGAAUUAUUGGAGUUGUGAAGUUGUUCAAAAAAUUAGUCGUCAAAAUGCUAACAUUACAGCUCAACAAAAAUGUAGACAUCGAGCGGGUCCCAUAAGCUUUGCUAUCAUAAGGGAAAAACUGCGUGCAGCCAAGGAUGGUAGAGAGGCUCCUACUCAAGCUGAGGUUUUUAUUGAAACACGACAAAGCAAGAGAGGAAGUGAGCUAGACCAAGUUACAAGUAACAUAAUCACAAAUCUUAAAGAUUUGAUUAUAAAUUCUGGUCAGUCUUCGGACGAGGCAUUUCAAACUGUCUUUGGCAAAGAAAAACCAGGAAGAAUGCGGUGCCAUGGAAGAGUUACAACACCUUCUCUCUUGAAAAGAAAUAAAGAAAUAGCAGAAAUUGAAAUGAAGCAUGCUGCUGAAGUUAAACAUUUAAAUGAAAAGAUUCAAGAAAUGAGGGUAAAACAUGAAAUGUUGGAGACUAAACACAGUGAAGAGAUGGCAGCAAUAGAGAGAAAAUUGGAAGUUCUUCUAAGGGUCAUGCUAAUAAACCAAAGCAACUCAGGACAUGAUAUGGGGGAUUUGGUAGCUUUGUUAUCAACCCCAAAUGAAAAUAACAAUGCUCUGCAUUCAUCUGCAUCUGCCCAUGCCCUAAAUAAUCAUGCGGUAAAUCAUAUCGCUAUGCGGGAAGAACAAUCGAAUGAUGACUUGGAAGAUGAUGAUGAACAAUUGUACGAUGACUUGGAAGAGGAAGAUGAAGAACAGUUGUACGAUGACUUAGAAGAAGAAGAAGAUGAAGAACAAUUAUACAAUGACUCGGAAGAAGAUGAAGACUAUACAGACUGAUUCAUCAAUGCUGGGGCUUUUCAUUUUCUUUUGUGAUAAGAACGGAAACACUGUCCUUUCUACUUUGGGCUGAUAAUAGAAUCUGCAAGUUAUAUAGAUCUUUUUGUAGUAGUUUUGGCUGUCAUCACUUAAAAGAGAAGCUAACAUUAUGGUCUAUUUUUUUGCCAAAGUUACUCCAGCUUAACAAAGCCGUUUGGUUAUUAUAAGUAGUUCUCAAUAAUUCAGUUACUUAUCUAAUAAUAGUAGUUCAAAGUUGCUUAUCGAUUUAAUAGUAGUUUGUUUUGACA